CUAACCGGAAGCUUAGCUAACGUCAGAAAGAUCUAGUCCCUACGCGGAUGAAUCAGGCGGAUGUAUAUCACAGUUGUCGGUCUCUCAGCUGAUGUGAAACUAGCAGCAAGGGCUAGAAGAGGGACCGAAAGAGAGAGAGAGAAAACAGAGAAGCUGGUGCACUGUCUGUUACAACUACAACACUGGAAGAAAUAGUGAAUGGUAGUGUCUAGAAAGGGUAUGUCCCUUCAGGAGAGAGGUGCCAAUGUCCAACCGGCCUAAUUCCAAUCCAGGGGGGUCACUGCGCCGUUCACAGAGGAACACUGCUGCGGCCCAGCCACAAGACCACACUGUCGCAGGAAGGUUGCAGUCAGAGCAGGUCAAACAAAAAGUAAAUUCCCCACCUGAAAGUAGAAGACCCAUAUCCAAGGCUUCCAAAGCCACAAGCAGCUCAGUCACUGGCCAGACCAGAGGCCACAGCUCAAAAAGAAGCGGACUUGCGCUGUCCGUGGCAUCUUUUGUACUGCAAGACGACCCAGAAGCUGCAGGGACAUCCGAACAAGAGCGACAAAGCCAUCAGUCCAAGAGCGAAGGCACCCAAGGACUCAAGCGAAGUGAAGCUCCAGACCAAAUUAGCACGUUAGGACCGCCACUAACAAAAAAGGCCAAAUCCCAGCCCUUACCCAGAGAUAAUACCUCAGAGACCAGGAAAAACACAGCUAAGAAGAGGUCACUAGCUGCAGAAGCACCUGCAUCCUCGGGUAGAGGACAGAGUAAGAAAAGUGGGGCCACUGGGGCCUCACCGGUCCAGAAACGGAAGAAAGCAGAUUCUCAUCCAGGUCUAAGAAGCACCACCGUGUCCCUCUCCAAUAGUACAGAGGGCAGAACUGUUAAACCCACCAAGCUGGCGUCAAAAUCGGCCGCCUCAGCCAAAGCUGGGUGUAGCAACGUGACAGACUCCUCCUCUUCUGCCUCAACUUCCUCCUCCUCUUCCACUACAGGCACAAAUAGUGCCACAACGCCAGGUGCCCGAGUCAAACAGGGCAAAGACCAGACAAAGGCACGCCGAUCUCGCUCCGCCUCAAGCCCCUCUCCUCGCCGUAGCACCCGUGACAAGGAACAGGCCAAGUCCAGCUCUUCAAAGUUUGAGUGGGCAACACGCUUCAACCCAAAAGUCAAUCUGCCAAAACCCAAACUGUCUCUAACUGCAUCGUCCAAAACUGAGACAUCCAAACCAGGACCGUCUGGAUUACAAGCGAAACUUGCACGUUUGAGAGAAUCCACUAAAAAGCGCAGCGAGUCUCCUCCAGCAGAGCUCCCCAGCUUUCGGCGGAGCACACGUCAGAAGACCACGGGCUCCUGUGCCAGCACCAGUCGGCGGGGCUCAGGCCUGGGCAAGCGUGGGGCAGCUGACGCACGCCGGCAGGAGAAAAUGGCUGACUCCGACAACAACCAGGAUGGGGCAAACUCGUCGGCCGCCCGCACUGAUGAGGCAUCACAGGGCGCCUCAGCUUCGAGUUCAGUUACUGGAGCAGUAGGCAUGACCACCUCUGGAGAGAGUGAAUCUGAUGACUCUGAAAUGGGAAGGCUUCAAGCUUUACUAGAGGCCAGGGGUCUCCCCCCACACCUAUUUGGCCCCCUGGGACCUCGGAUGUCACAGCUCUUUCACAGGACCAUCGGCAGUGGUGCCAGCUCCAAGGCUCAGCAGUUACUGCAAGGUCUGCAGGCCACAGGUGAUGAGUCUCAGCAGCUCCAAGCUGCCAUUGAGAUGUGCCAGCUGUUGGUAAUGGGCAAUGAAGAGACACUUGGUGGAUUUCCUGUCAAAAGCGUCGUGCCCGCUUUGAUUACACUUUUGCAAAUGGAGCAUAACUUCGAUAUUAUGAAUCAUGCCUCCCGUGCACUCACAUACAUGAUGGAGGCCCUGCCCAGGUCCUCAGCUGUAGUGGUUGAUGCUAUUCCUGUCUUCCUGGAGAAGCUUCAGGUGAUCCAGUUCAUUGACGUAGCUGAGCAGGCCCUGACUGCCUUGGAAAUGCUGUCGAGGCGACACAGCAAAGCAAUUUUGCAGGCGGGUGGGCUUGCUGACUGCCUACUCUACCUGGAAUUCUUCAGCAUCAAUGCACAGAGGAAUGCCUUGGCCAUAGCAGCCAACUGCUGCCAGAGCAUUACACCUGAUGAGUUCCACUUUGUUGCUGAUUCUCUGCCUCUGUUGACUCAGAGACUUGCACAUCAGGACAAAAAGUCUGUUGAGAGCACUUGCCUCUGUUUCGCUCGACUGGUGGAUAAUUUUCAACACGAGGAGAACUUGCUGCAAGAAGUGGCAUCACGAGACCUUUUGACCAACAUUCAGCAGCUGCUAGUAGUGACACCACCUAUACUUAGCUCUGGGAUGUUCAUCAUGGUUGUGCGCAUGUUUUCCCUCAUGUGUUCCAACUGUCCCUGCUUGGCAGUUCAGCUCAUGAAACAAAACAUAGCAGAAACGUUGCGCUUCCUCUUGUGUGGGGCAUCAAAUGGCAGCUGCCAGGAACAGAUUGAACUUGUACCACGCAGCCCUCAAGAGCUCUACGAAUUGACCUCCCUAAUAUGUGAGCUGAUGCCCUGCCUUCCUCGAGAGGGCAUCUUUGCAGUCGAUUUGAUGCUGAAGAAGGGCAGCGCCCAAACGACGGAAGGAGUCAUAUGGCAGUGGCGGGAUGAUAGAGGGCUGUGGCACCCUUACAAUCGCAUCGACAGCCGCAUUAUUGAGACAGCCCACCAGAAUGGGGAAGAUGAGAUCAGCUUGUCAACUCUGGGUCGUGUGUACACAAUUGACUUUAACUCUAUGCAGCAGAUCAAUGAAGACACCGGAACGGCACGUGGUAUCCAGAGGAAGCCAAAUCCACUUGCAAAUCCCAACUCCGGGAGCCACCAGGAAGUUAGGCGAGAAGAUGCACGAGCCCAGCUGAUGAAAGAAGAUCCCGAGCUGGCUAAAUGUUUUAUCAAAACUCUAUUUGGGGUCUUGUAUGAAGUGUACAGCUCCUCUGCUGGACCUGCAGUUAGACACAAGUGCCUUAGAGCCAUCCUCAGGAUCAUCUACUUUGCUGAUGCAGAGCUGCUGAAGGAUGUGUUGAGGAACCAUGCAGUGUCCAGUCACAUUGCCUCCAUGCUAUCAAGCCAGGACCUGAAGAUUGUUGUGGGGUCUCUGCAGAUGGCUGAGAUCCUCAUGCAGAAGCUCCCUGAUGUCUUCAGUGUCUAUUUCAGGAGAGAAGGUGUAAUGCAUCAGGUUAAAAACUUGGCAGAGUCUGAGAGUUUUCUAGUUACUUGCCCACCCAAGGCUUCCCCCAGCAGUAGUACCAGUCUGUGUACUACAACCAUUAGCACUACAUCCACCACGGCCGCCAAUAAUACGACGCCUGACUUGGGUUCUCCGAGCUUCCAGCACAGCAUGGAUGACUCACUGGACCUCAGUCCGCAAGGGAGGUUAAGUGAUGUCCUGAAGAGAAAACGAUUACCCAAGAGGGGGCCCAGAAGGCCUAAAUACUCGCCACCAAGGGAUGAUGAUAAAGUAGACAAUCAGGCUAAAAGCCCCACAAGUACCCAGUCACCCAAAUCAUCCUUCUUGGCCAGUCUCAAUCCCAAGACCUGGGGCAAACUGGGUGCCCAAACCAAUAAUGCCAACUCUGAGCCCUCACGUACAGCUGGGGUGAGUGGCCUGGCAAGGGCACCGCCCAAGGACUCUGUCUCAAAUAACAGAGAUAAAAUCAAGGCCUGGAUCAAAGAACAGGCCAACAAGUUUGUAGAGCGGUACUUCAACUCUGAAAAUGUAGAUGGCAGCAACCCUGCAUUGAAUGUACUUCAGAGGCUUUGCACAUCCACCGAGCAGCUCAACCUGCAGGUGGAUGGCGGUUUGGAGUGUCUUUCGGAGAUCUCCAGUAUCGUGUCUGAAUCCGAUGUGUCCUCUUUUGAGAUUCAACACAGUGGGUUGGUAAAGCAGCUUCUGCUUUAUCUAACCUCCCACACAGACCGAGACUUGCUCAGUCGAGACAUGCGACUCAAACGGUUCCUCCAUGUCUUUAUCGGCUGCCCGGCUCCAGGAACAGAGCCUGAAAGUUCUCUGGACCCAACCGAAAAUGGGCCUUUUCUGGCUCUGGUUCACAAAAUGAACAGCUGUCUGAGUCAAAUGGAGCAGUUCCCUGUCAAAGUGCACGAUUUCCCCAGUGGCAAUGGCAAUGGAAGCAGAGGCUCACAGGCACUUAAAUUCUUCAACACACAUCAGCUCAAGUGUCAGUUGCAGAGGCAUCCAGACUGCACUAAUGUUAAACAGUGGAAAGGAGGCCCGGUGAAGAUAGACCCUCUGGCCCUGGUGCAAGCCAUUGAGAGAUACCUUGUGGUCAGAGGGUACGGCCGAAUCAGAGAAGAGGAUGAAGAUAGUGAUGACGAUGGUUCGGAUGAUGAAAUAGACGAGUCACUGGCUGCACAGUUCCUGAAUUCAGGCAGUGUACGUCAUAGACUGCAGUUCUACAUUGGUGACCACUUGCUGCCAUACAACAUGACAGUUUACCAGGCUGUGCGGCAGUACAGCCUUCAGGCAGAAGAAGAAAGGGAGUCCACAGACGAUGAAGCAAACCCACUGGGGCGAGCAGGCAUUUGGACCAAAACGCAUACAAUAUGGUAUAAGCCCGUUCGAGAGGAUGAGGACGGCAGCAAAGACGCUGUGGGAGGGAAGAGGGGCAGAGCCCAAACUGCACCCACAAAAACCUCUCCCCGUAAUGCCAAGAAGCAGGAUGAGCUGUGGCAUGAUGGUGUGUGUCCCAGCGUCAUCAAUCCCUUAGAGACAUACCUCAUUUCAGAGCCUCCAGAGAGCAUCACCUUUGAUGACCCCUCGUUAGACGUCAACCUGCUGCUGAGGGUUCUGCACUCAAUCAGUAGAUACUGGUUCUACUUGUAUGAUAAUGCCGUGUGUAAGGAAAUCAUCGCCACCAGUGAGUUCAUUAACAGUAAGCUGACCGCCAAAGCCAACCGUCAGCUCCAAGACCCUCUUGUUAUUAUGACCGGGAACAUCCCAACUUGGCUCAUAGAGCUCGGAAAGACUUGCCCUUUCUUCUUCCCGUUUGAUACACGGCAGAUGUUGUUCUACGUAACGGCUUUUGAUCGCGACAGAGCCAUGCAGCGCUUACUGGACACUAAUCCUGAGAUAAACCAAUCAGAUUCUCAGGACAGCAGAGUUGCACCACGUCUUGACAGGAAAAAGAGGACGAUAAACCGAGAUGAGCUGCUCAAGCAGGCGGAGUCUGUAAUGCAGGACCUGGGAAGUUCACGUGCAAUGUUGGAAAUUCAGUAUGAGAAUGAGGUGGGCACGGGUCUUGGUCCCACUCUGGAGUUCUACGCUCUAGUUUCACAAGAGCUACAGCGGGCCGACCUCGGUUUGUGGAGGGGUGAAGAGGUCACUCUGACCAACCCGAAAGGAAGCCAAGAAGGAAUGAAGUACAUGUUCAGUACCAGAGGGCUCUUUGCGGUUCCGUUUGGCAGGACAACCAAACCAGCACACAUAGCCAAAAUCAAAAUGAAGUUUCGCUUUUUGGGAAAGCUCAUGGCCAAAGCCAUCAUGGACUUCAGACUUCUGGACCUGCCACUGGGGCUGCCAUUUUAUAAGUGGAUGUUGCGACAUGAGACGUCUAUAAAUUCCCAUGACCUGGUCAACAUUGAUCCUGAUGUUGCGAAAUCCAUCCUGCACUUGGAGGAUAUUAUUCGUCAAAAGAAGAGGCUUGAGCAGGAUCGCUCUCAGACAAGGGAGACGUUACAACAGGCAUUGGAGAGCCUCAAUAUGAAUGGCUGCAUUGUGGAGGACCUGGGUUUGGACUUCACACUCCCAGGGUUCCCCAACAUUGAGCUGAAAAAGGGUGGGAAAGAUGUGCCUGUCACCAUCUACAACCUUGAGGAGUAUCUCAGGUUGGUGGUGUACUGGACUCUCAAUGAAGGAGUGUCAAGACAGUUUGAGUCUUUUAGGGAAGGCUUUGAGUCAGUCUUCCCACUACAUCACCUCCAGUAUUUCUAUCCAGAAGAGCUUGACCAGUUACUGUGCGGCAGUAAAUCGGAGACGUGGGACGUCAAGACCCUGAUGGAGUGCUGUCGGCCGGAUCACGGCUACACACAUGACAGCCGGGCAGUGCGGUUCCUGUUUGAAGUGUUGAGCAGCUUCGACGCAGAGCAACAGAGACUUUUUCUGCAGUUUGUCACGGGAAGCCCAAGACUGCCCGUUGGAGGUUUCCGUAGCCUGAACCCCCCUUUGACGAUUGUGAGGAAGACAUUCGAGUCCACUGAGAACCCAGAUGAGUUCCUCCCUUCAGUCAUGACCUGCGUCAAUUACCUGAAGCUGCCUGACUACUCCAGCAUUGAGAUCAUGCGAGAGAAACUGUUGACGGCAGCUCGCGAGGGCCAACAGUCGUUCCACCUUUCAUGAUCUCGCCACAUCUCACAUUCAGAUGCCUUCUUCAGCGACUGAAUAUAUGACUUCACUUCUAAGGUUUUUUUUUUGUAACCACAUACAUUAAGGCUUCAUGUACAGCCUUCUUGUUAGAGAAGCAGCUUGCAGAAAAACUUUAAAUAUAUAUUUGCUGCCCCGACUCUCCAAAAAAUAUUUAAAAGAAUAAAAAAAUAGAACGGUGUUCCAUGACACAAAUGUUAAAACAUAAAGAGAGUUAAACCUAUAUCAGUAGUUGAGUAAUGUUAAAAAUGAUGAAAACAACUGGGUGAUAUUUUAAAUUGCAUUGCUGUGUGAUAUUUAAAAAAAGGAAAAAAAAAAGAAAAAAAGGGAUUUCUCCUCUCCAAAGUGGACAAUGUGGGUGUGAGGGGAGGGCGGGGAGGGUCCAUCAAGCAAGCUAGGUUUACUUUAGCUCCAAAGAUCAUUUGUACAGACAAAUUUGCAGACUUUGCUCAUUCUAUACAUUUGAUAGAAUAGCUCCUUGUUUUUGUCAUCUCCCUCCAUUUGUCCGUCUGCACUCUUAUUUUGUCGCCACCCCCACGUCUCACUGUUUCCAACCUGUCGUGUGUGAGUGUUCACUCUCCGUUAGCAUUCCCUCCCGUUCGUCCGCGCUUAAAUUACAGUUGGUUGAAUGUGGGUAAUGAUGAACGCAUAUGAACCAUUUUCUUCCCCUUACAUAAGUUGGAUUGUAUUCUGGCCUCCACCUUUAUAGAGCUUCAUUCAGCUCAGAUGAAAAGUUGUAACCGGUGUGUUGAUCUGGUUCAGGUGUUUUGCUCUUAUUUUGCUAGCAUUAGCGUCUUUCUGUUGGGCCCUAUCAGAUUUGUAGGGUUACCUUGAGCAACCCUCAACACACCAUGUAGCCGGGCACACAAUUUUGACUGGUCUCAUUUUAUUGUUUUAUGGCCAGAUAGCAUUUCAAGUUCACUUAUGGAGUCAAAUUUAUAUGCAGUUUCACACCCUGUUUGAGGUGAGAAUGUCUGCUUUUCUUUUUUAUUUUCUAUGGUCUUUAUUUCUUGCUGUAGUUUUUUUUUUUUCUUGCACUGCUGGCUUGGAAAAAAAGGUGUGCACCUGCAGCCAGUGGCCAGAGGAGGGCGCCACUGUCUGCUUUCCUGGCCCAAUCGUUCAUGUGCUGGUUUCUAAGAUCUGCAAUAAUUUACUGCAUCAGGUUCAUGUUUUUACCUGAACAUAAAUAAAGUAACUGUUUGACUCA